UUGGUCUGUUCGAGAGACGGAGAAGGUGAAAGAAGAUUUGUGUUACGAUGUUGAAAUAUGUUGGUGUUUGGAUGAUGACAUUGUGUGUAGUACGACUUAAUGUGGACGGAAACACGGAUUUCUGCGCAGUAACGAAACCUGGCGACAUGGAGCCGUGGUGGAUGCUGGAUCUGCGUGGAUACUUCCAGGUACAUGAUGUCAUCAUCACGAACUGUGGCUAUGACAAUUGGUGGAAGUAUCUACACAGCUUCACCAUUGACGUGUUCACGGAGAAUCCAAUAGGCUGUGUACGCGCUACCCCAGUCCAGUGCUACAACCGCACCGACACACUGCGGCGUGGUGUGACUGUACAGUUUAAAUGUCGCUCACCCGUGAUUGGUCGGUUCGUCCGUGUUAAGAAGUGGAACGUUCUGAACCAGUCUGAGAUACUGAUACUGUCUGAAGUUCAAGUUCUUGGCACAAAGGCGACAG